AGAGCCUGGUAAAUGAGCAGAGCCAACAGCUGCAAGAACUCUCCACUCACAUGAAAUGAGGCUCUGCUGCUGUGCUGGUCUCUCUGUAAAAUGGGGGAACGAGUCUCAGUGGAGGUGUAUGCUGGAGUACCUGGCUGAUGAACCAUUCCGAGACAUUCCAAAUCUACAGGCAAAGCUUGAUCAGCUGAAGGGCAUGUUUAUGGGAUAUGAUGCCACACGCACAGGAGAAAUUGACUAUCCAACAAUGAGCAGGAUACUGCAGGAGCUUGGGGUUUUCCAAAGCCCCUUGGAGCUCAAGACACUGGUCCAGGAAAUCACAGGGAACACAGGCAGCACUGUCCCUUACAAGGACUUCACUAUGGUUAUGCUGGGCCGCAGAUCCACCAUGUGCCAACGGAUCAUGCACUACAAUGGGAAAGGAGGAGGAGCAGUGAAGAGGCCCAGCCUGAUGGAUGCUGGCCCCUACGUAACCUACUUGGAAUGCACUCUCUCCGGAGUCCCCUCUCCUCUUACCACUCUCCCGCCGCCACCUCCCCCAUCUCCAGCUGAUGGCUGCUCUGAAACCUAGCCAGCUGCCCGAGAAAUGUGGAGACUGACUCACUUCAUAGGCUGGAGAGCCUGCUGAGAAGGCAAACCAAAUGUACUGUGGUAGAGUGCAUCCAGCUCAGCCCUUCCCCAAUAAAGAGCUGCCUAGCAACAGUGCACUGUAGCAUGUCUGAGCUGCUGCAGCAGAAGAGCAGAACUGCUGAUUGCUGGCAUUAUAGCUGCACCUAAGGGCCUUGUUGUGGAAGGUGUUGUAGGAACAUAAGACAGUCUCUGUCCCAAAGAACUUACUGUCUAAACAUAAUCAGACAGGUGGCAAGGGAAGCAGCCAGAGGGAGGUGAGGUUAUGCGUCCCAGCUCUCAGCAGGUCAGUGGUAGAGCCUGGUAUAAACCUGAGCUCUUCCAGGUUAGCACCUAGAAUCGUAUUUGUCCAUUGUUCUUACUCAGGUUGUUCAAGAGCCUAAUGUCCAGACUGGGUUUGACUCCCCCACUCACUCCCCCCAAUCUCCCAAGGGAAGUGCGGGAGCUAGAAUGUGGGGCAGGGAAUUCAGGUGUGUGGUGGUUUCUAGAUAGUCUGUGCCCUCUGAGUAAAGUGGGCAUUUGGGUGAGAGGUCCUUAGGCCAAGCCUGGCGCUAUUUGCUUCAGCUACAGUGUGUCCCUGAAGGAGUAAACAGUAAACCAGAGUUGGAUGGAGCUCAGGCAAAUGGUGUGCUUACGU